CCUUUUUUCAAUGGGAAGCCAUGAUGGAAGUUUGAGAGUUUAACAGAGAAGCGAAGGAAAAGGAUCUGACUGGAUACCGCUCCUACGUGACAUUUAAAUAUCGAGUUUUUAAUUUCUUGGUGGAGGCUGUCACCUUUCAUUUCAUGUGUUGGAAUUUGGACAUCGCGGAUUGUUGCAAUGUUCGAUGGCUUUUAUUUUUUUAAGGAUGGGUAGGCGAGCUAGCGCGCUAGCCGUUGAAGCUAGCGGCUAGACGGAGCGCGAGCGGAGUGCGAGCGGGGCUUUGACAACCGUUCUUGAGGUGGAAGCGCACGGAGAGGACCCUCUCUCCGCCUUUCUGUUCAAUCACGGCGGCUACGGUGCGACCAGAGACUUGUCGUGCACUAGAAAUUCUGCAAUUCGAGACGUUGGACGUUUCUUAUCUUUUAAACCGGAGCUCGUCUGAGCUGAGGAGGGCAUUUUGGAAGCCGGGCCUGUGGUGGUUUGGAGCGAGGCCCUUGAUGAGAGAGCCACAGCAGACUCCAUUCUAGCUAGCAGGGGGACUGCGUAAAGAGCAGAGUAUUAAGUCGACCGAUCGUCCGAAAGCAACAAUACUCUCUCACACACUAAAAACCUUAAAGACUCAUGUCACAGCCAUGGCUGCGAUCAUAAAAGAAAUUGUCAGUCGAAACAAAAAUAGAUACCAGGAAGAUGGAUUCGAUUUGGACUUGACCUAUAUUUAUCCGAACAUCAUAGCUAUGGGCUUUCCAGCUGAAAGACUUGAAGGUGUCUACAGAAACAACAUAGAUGAUGUAGUGCGAUUCUUGGAUUUGAAGCAUAAAAAUCAUUACAAGAUAUAUAAUCUAUGUGCGGAAAGACAUUAUGAUACUGCCAAAUUUAACUGCAGAGUUGCACAGUAUCCAUUUGAGGAUCACAAUCCUCCUCAGUUAGAACUUAUUAAACCUUUCUGUGAAGAUUUGGAUAAGUGGCUCAGUGAAAAUGACAAUCAUGUGGCUGCCAUUCACUGCAAAGCUGGAAAGGGACGUACGGGUGUCAUGAUAUGUGCGUAUUUGUUACACCGAGGCAAAUUCAAAAAAGCACAAGAGGCUCUGGACUUCUAUGGUGAAGUUAGAACCAGAGACAAGAAGGGAGUGACUAUUCCCAGCCAGAGGCGAUAUGUGUACUACUAUAGCUACCUUCUGAAGAAUAAGCUGGAGUACAAACCUGUGGCCUUGCUCUUUCACAAGAUGGUGUUUGAGACAGUGCCCAUGUUCAGUGGAGGGACUUGCAGGGAUUCUGCUGUAAAAAGCAAGAGUGAGCAGAUUCCACAUGGGUUCAGAAAAAACAAUUGGCAUUGGGAUCCUCAGUUUGUGGUGUACCAACUGAAGGUGAAAAUCCACACCUCAAACCCAGUGCACACAAGGCGAGAGGAGAAGUACAUGUACUUUGAUUUUCCACAGCCACUGCCUGUGUGCGGAGACAUCAAGGUGGAGUUCUUCCACAAGCAGAACAAGAUGCUGAAAAAGGAUAAGAUGUUUCACUUCUGGAUGAACACCUUCUUUGUCCCUGGACCAGAUGAGAGCUCAGAGAAGGUUGAAAAUGGUGGUUUAGUGAAGGAACUGGAUGGGAACCAAACCACAGAACGGGGAGAGAAUGAUAAGGAUUAUCUAAUCCUGACUUUAGCCAAGAACAACUUGGAUAAAGCCAAUAAGGAUAAAGCCAACAGAUACUUCUCUCCAAACUUCAAGGUGAAGCUGUACUUCACAAAAACAGUGGAGGAACCAUCCAACUCGGAGGCCAGCACUUCUACAUCUGUAACCCCGGAUGUUAGGGAUGUUGGAGAUGAUGUUUACCGGUAUUCGGACACAACAGACUCGGACCCUGAAAAUGAACAGUAUGAUGAAGAACAGAUUACUAAAGUUUGAAAUAUUUUUAUGGGAAGAAAAAAGAAACCAUAUGUAAUAGAGUUGUAUAAAGGAGAAAACUUGAAUAUGAACUGAAAGCAAGUACUUUUUUUUUUUUUUUUUUUUUUUUCUUUUUUCCCAAGCUGAAUUAGGACACACAUCACACAUAUGCCACCAGUUGUAGGGACAAAAAUGCUGACCAAUUGUUCUUUUGUUCAUUUACCCCGCUCCAUGAAGUAUCAACACUGAUGUUUCGUGGGAAAACCGCGUCAGUAGCUAUUAUGUAAAUACAUGUUCAUGCCGUAACACAAGAAAGGAAACCCAGUCAGGAUGGGAGAUCGUUUAUGGGAGAAAUUCAGUGGAGAUCGUAAUUCGCUGCUCCAUCAACCUGUUGAAACCUAGGCCAGUGCUUUAAUCAGCAUUCAUGCCCCCAUGUCUGUCCUUCUCUAGUCUGUCCUACCUACUGUGAAAUGCUUCUCAUGCUGCUGGAAGGCCGCCAUGUGUCAUUCGGGCUCUGUUGUGCAGUGGAAACUGCGUCGCUAGCCAUUUUUCAGUCUACUUUCAUCAUUACCACUACUAGAAUGGAGGUGGUAAUGAUUCUACUAAACUACAUGACACCUUGGCAGAAAACACAACAUAUAGCUCCACCAUGUAUUAUUAUGAUUUUUUUUUUUUUAAUGCAAAUAUACACAUGAACACAACAGGGAAACCAGUGUUGCAAUAAUGUUGAUCGAAGGUGUGCAUGUUAUUGGAAUCAGUUUCCAUGUUGUUAAAUAAAUAGUAUACAAUGUUUUUCUAAAAAAAAAAAAAAAAAAAAAAGGUUUCUAAAGUCAUUUACAAUUGGAUUGUAUUUGGGAAGGAGAUAUUGCCAUCAUUCUUUCUUCUGCAGAUGGGAUUUUAAUCUAUAAACAGUCAUUCAGUGACACUUCAUUUAUAUAAUUCAUAUGUUUCCCUUUCAAAAUUGCCAUUUGUUUAAAUCAACUCUCACAGGAUGAUUUUGUUUUCUGUUUCACUUCUUUAAGGCUCAUGGUUUGAGCUCAAGGUAGCGUCAGUUGUAAAAUUCUUCUUCAGUAUGUUCUGGGAUACGGAUCAAUCUAGCUUGAAGGCUCUGUGGUUCACUACAGCGAUCACAGGUCAGAUUUGGUUUGAUGGUGUACAGCAUCUCGUGUAAUGCAUGUCAACAUGGAGAAGCCCUUUUCUGAAUGUAUCAACCUUGGCUCCAAGUUUUGAUUACAUUUCAACACUAUUUACAUUGUUUUUCUUUCUUCCUGGCUAUGUCAGUCAUCAGAUCUUUGGCUCCCUAUAACAUCUUUGUAGCCUUAUCGUGCAUGAUCUAAUGAAAUCUGGAUCAUUUAUCCAGCAAUGGUGCUUGCUAAACUGUAAACUCAAUGUAUAGUGCAGUCAUUUUGGAGCAAAGAACCUCAUGGUGCAAGCAUUCAAACGCACUGCGGUGCGUGUUGUAACUGUUAGUCGCACAUUGAUGUGCAUAAUCAAUUAGUUUCCAACAAUUUGAUGUCCCUCACUAGCUAGAGUUCUUUUUUUUUUCUUUUUCCUUAUUCUUGAACAGGCCUUAUUCCCUUUGGAAUGAGCAUAGUGCAGCUACGGAUUUUACAGUCUUGUGCUUGCUUCAGAAAUAUUAAAGCCCUAUAUAUGAGAAUAUUUAAAUGUAUAAUUUUCUUUUAAGCAUGCCAAAUCUUUUUUUAACAUCUGGCUGUGGCCAGACCAAAAACGGAGAGAGAGAGAAGGAAAAAAAAAAAAAACUUUCUCAGUCUCUUGGGCAAGAAUCUUCACUAAGGGUAGUGAGUAAGCUGCCUUUCUCGUACUGUUAACGUUCAGGCUUCACUCUUCUCACCAGCCCGCUGCACACACCGUACAUCUCGCCUUCCUUUAGAGAAAGAAUAUGUUUCCCUGACAUGAAGAGGAGACUGGGCCUUCCUUUAUGAGAUUGUACACUAACCAAUCCAGGAAUAAAAGCAAGCCUAUCAAGGAUUCGCAUUUUGUUUACAUUUUAUCACAUCACUGAAAACCUGCCAAAAUUAAGCUUAAUCAUUUUUGUUUUCUUUGUUGUUUUAUUGUUUUCUUUAUUGUUCAGAGGAGGAGGCAGGGCCCACGGGAGGUAUUCUUUGCCUUACUUGAAGUUGACAAUGCUUACUCUUCUACUGCUUUGAUACCUACCAUUCUGCCCAAGCACUGACUUAUUUAACUACUAUAAUAGAGCAACAUAUUGUACUAGACAUUUGCACUGUUACAGGUCUUUGCAGGGUUUCAGUCAGCGGUCCACAGUGUUUUUUUUUUUUUUUUUUUUUUUUUUUUCUGAAAAUGCUUCACAGCAAUCAAUAGUA